CGGAAGAAGCCUAAACUCCCGGAUCCGUGUUACACGAACCGUCCGUUACUGAUAUACGACGAGCACGCGUGAAAUCGAUCGUUCCGUAAUCGACGUAUUUCACCAGUCCUACGGUGCCAACGAUCGCCGAGAUUAAUCCCUUCGUGAUACGACGAUACAUAAGGAAGAGAAAAAGAGAUCAUCUACCGAAAAUUCGAUCGGUCGUGCACUACGAUCGAGUCUGGUGAGAGGAUCGAGAAAACAUCCCGUGUCCAACGAUUGAAAACCAAAGGAGGUUCCGAUAAAAUCGUCUCGCGAUCUCCGCGGCGGGACGUGUCUCUAACACGAAAAUAACAGAAAAGAAAGACUAGGAGAAGGAGCACAAGGAGGAAGAAGAAGAAGAAGAAGAAGAGAAGCGAAGAAGGCGGGGAGCAAGGAACUCUCGAGGAAACGACGGUCCUUAGCCCUCUAGUUGUCCUAGCGAGACGGUUCGCCAGAGAAGUUGGUUAUCAAAGUCGAGAGAAUGAGAUCGGUACUGUUUAAAUCGCUAGUGACGGUGCUGGCGGUCCUGUACGUCGCCGUUCAUUCGGACACCGCGGCGGUACGAUCGGAGGAAUUCGCGGAACAACUACGCCGCAUUGUGCACGACGUGAACCCCGAUAAUCUGAGGACCCAAAGGGCCACCGAGAGCGGAAACGAAGACAGACCGAAACGGAACUGCUACGACACACCGUGUGGAUGGAACACUUACAAUCCUGUUACGCGUCGAAGCACGAUUUUCAUGCCGAAUACAUGCAAAUGUCCCGACGAAACCUACAAAUGCGUACGCACCGGCGAAAACGUGUCAAUGAGCGCGUACGUUUAUCACUGUCGUCAAAACACAACGGCGGAUGACAUCGAGGGCGAGUCGCCGUACGACAUGGACUCGGCGGACUAUGUCAGUUAAAACUCGCGCCUCUAUGAAUGCUUGACAUGAGCAUGCGCACUUACCUGAUUACGCGACACCUUCAGGAGCC